AUGCCCCCGAAGAAAAAGGCAGGAGGUCCUUCCAAAAAGUCAAUCGAGAAGCAGAAGGAAAAGACUUUAGAAGACAAGACUUUUGGCCUCAAGAACAAAAAGAAGAGCAAGAAUGUGCAGAAAUAUAUCCAGGAAGUGACAAAACAGGUCAAGGGUGGCAACACACGCGCCGAUCGCAUUAAAGAGCAGGAGGCCAAAAAGAAGAAGGACGCUAUGGCCGAGCAGGAAACCCUUAAAAGUCUUUUUGCUGCCUCGAUACAGCAGCCAAAGGUUCCUCCUGGAACAGAUCCCAAGUCGUUGCUUUGCGCUUUUUUUAAAGCUGGUGUUUGCUCUAAAGGCAACCGUUGCAAGUUCUCACAUGACAUGAUGGUGGAGAAAAAAGCAGCUAAAAUUGAUUUGUACACGGACAAUCGUGCUGAGAAAGAAGCAGAUCAAAUCGACACGUGGGAUCAGGAAAAGCUCGAGAAAGUUGUGAACGAGAAGCAUCAUGAGAAGAACUCAAAGCAGACAGAAAUUGUAUGUAAGCACUUCUUGGAUGCUAUUGAGAAGUCGCUCUACGGCUGGUUCUGGGUUUGCCCGAAUGGUGGCGCGUCAUGCAAAUACCGUCAUGCACUUCCUCCUGGUUAUGUAUUUAAGUCUAAAAAGGACCGUGAGCUCGAGAAAAAUAACAAAGUCAUAGAGAUUUCAAUAGAAGAAAUAAUUGAGCAACAGCGCGCAAAGUUAGGCCCCAAUGGCGGCACUCCUGUCACGGAGGAAACACUUGCGAAAUGGAAGGCCGACAAGCAGGCUCGCAAGAAAGCAGAGGAGGCGAAGAAAUUGAAAGAGCAGGCAAAAAGAACUGGUGGUCGUGGCAUCAGUACGUUUGUAUCAAUUUCAUUUGCUUUAAUAAAUCUAAAUGCCUUAACAAUUUUAUCGAAAUGUGUUGCAGUGAGUGGUCGUGCGCUGUUCACAUACGAUCCAACACUGUUCCGUGACGAUGCUGAUGCUGAUGACGAAGUUCAUUUCGUUCACAGUGACGAGGAAGACAACAGUGAGUUAAAAGACUUCACACCAACCGUUGACAUGGCAGCAGCAGUGAUGGACAAAAGUCUGUAUUUGCAAGAAGUGGACGAUCUUGACUCAUUAAAACAGUGA